CAUGGCAGUUGAGCUAUUCCCGUUCCGAUAUAAUGUUUAUCUUGCGAAUAGUUAGUUUAUUACCGUACAAUUAUAUCUAAGCCUUAAUUCAUGUAAUAGCAGUUUGUCUUUAACAAUUCAUUUAUUAUGUGAAUUUGCUUAAACAGUUAAGUUUGUGUUAACAGUAUUCAAAUUAUAUGACAUUAAUUAUCGAUAGAAAUAUUUAUAAAAUAGAAAAAUGUCGUCGGAACGUAUAGCCCCCCUCAUGGACAUCUACCAUUUCGACAUCGUCGACUACGCAGUAUUUUCUUCUAUGCUAAUCUUAUCAGCCUUGACAGGUUUAUAUUACGGGUGUCGGACCAAGUAUUGUAAGAAUCAGGAGGGCCAGACGCUCAGGGAGUACUUGACGGGAAACGGAAAUUUGAGACCAUUUCCCGUAGCACUUUCACUCAUCGCAAGUUACGUUUCAGGUGUCACAAUUUUGGGGACUCCAUCUGAAAUAUACAAUUUUGGAACGCAGUAUUGGUUUAUCAUAAUAGCCAUAUGGAUCAGUGGACUAGUCGUAGCCUAUGUGUACCUUCCAGUUUUUUUAAAACUGCAAGUCAAUUCUUCGUAUGAGUACCUGGAACUAAGAUUUAAUAGAGUGGUACGAACAAUAGUAUCAGUAUUUUUCGUAUUAGAUGAAGUGAUGUUUUUGCCGAUAGUAAUUUAUGUACCUUCACUAGCGUUUAAUCAAGUAACUGGAAUCAAUAUUCACCUGAUUGGUUCUAUUGUCUGUCUCGUUUGUAUAUUUUAUACUUUGCUCGGUGGUCUGAAGGCUGUAGUUUGGACAGAUUCAUGGCAAGUUAUAGCCAUGUUUAUUUCUGUUUUAGUGGUGGUAAUACUGGGCACUGUUACUAUUGGUGGCCCUAGUGUAAUAAUAGACUUAACCGAAAAGGGAGGGAGAUUCGAAUUUUUUAAUUUUAACCCAAGCAUGUACGAGAGAUACACCGUUUUCAGCGUAGUAUUCGGAGGAUUUACUUACUGGACGUGUUUCAAUUCCGUCAAUCAGACCAUGGUUCAGAGGUACCUGUCGCUGCCUAACGAAAAGCAGUCGAAAUUGUCACUCUUACUAUUUACCAUUGGCGUGUCCUUCUUCGUAUGGGUGUGCUGCUACGCUGGUAUCUUAGUAUACGCCACUUACUACGGUUGUGACCCUUUGUCCCUGGGCAGGAUCAAGGCCGACGAUCAAAUUCUCCCCCUCUUUGUGAUGGAGACUGUAGGACACUUGAGGGGAGUCCCAGGGCUCUUCAUCGCGGGGGUUUUCGGUGCCGCGCUGAGUUCCCUCUCUGUGAUAUUGAAUUCAACAGCUCAAGUAUUUUUGGAAGACUUCAUGAAGGGUUGCAUGAGGUUGACGUUAACAGAAAGAACAGCGACACUGAUUGUAAAAGCUGUUGUUCUGGUCCUGGGACUCGUCGCCCUAGGGUUCCUUUAUGUGGUGGAGCAUAUGGGAGGGGUGUUAGCUAUGGCAUCAUCUUUAUCGGCCAUAGCAGCAAGCACGACCUGUGGGAUCUUCACUCUAGGAAUGGUGAUCCCAUGGGCGAAUUCCUACGGUGCAGUGGUAGGAGGCAUAGCCGGCGUCAUCGCUUCUGGUCUAGUGUCCUUUGGAAGUCAAUUCGUUUCAGCUGCUAAGCUGGUAGUUCCCCACAAAUUACCGGUUUUUGUCAACGACAGUUGCUUUGAAAAGUACGGGAUAGAUCCCAACAUCACUAUCUCAGAUCCAUCUUAUCCAGACGAAUCUUCCGUCUUCCCAUUAUUCCGGCUUUCUUUCAUGUGGAUAACACCUGUGGGGUUGUGCACCGUGCUGAUUGUUGGGAUCACAGUCAGCUUCGUGACAGGCAACACGGAUAUCAACUAUAUUGAUCCCGAUCUGAUAUCGCCCGUAAUGCAGUGGGUUCUUCCCGAGGGCUCCCAGAGAUACGCUGGGUCGGCCAUAAGGAAAGCCAGACAUAGGGAGCUGGUGGAGAGAGAAAAAAUGGUCGGGGAUCUGCACGUGUUGGCUGUUUCUACUAUGGGUACCUCGAAUGGGAGAUCUAGUUCACCCUGAGUAUUGUACAAAUAAGUAAUAUUUAGAUGUCAAUUUUUGUACUUAUCGUAUUUUUUUACAGUAUUAAAUUAUUGUCAAACAUGUU